GGCGGGAGCGUCACGUGGCUGGCGCGACGCGGCCUUCGGGCUCCGGGCGCGGGCGAGAGCCGGGCGGGAGGCCGACAGACUUGUCGACGCACCGCCGGCGGCUCCGGCCCGGAGGGCUGCGCGUAGCGGCCGGAGGGCGGCGGGGCCGGACAGCUGCGCGGCGGGGCAUGGGCGCGCCCGGGAGCCCCCGGCUCGGGCCGGCCUCGGCGCGGCACCCGGGCCUCGGGGGCAGCGGCGCGCGGGGGUGCUCCCUGGCGGCCGCCGCCGAGCCCCCGCGGGGCCCGUGACGCCGCGGCCGAUGUGGCCCCGCGCUCUGCGGGCCUGCACAGCCGCCGCGCCGCACAAAGACCUCGCGGGAGCUGCCGCCGCGCGCGCGCCGGCCGGAGCCGAAGCCGGUGCCCCAGGCCGAGCCUGAGCACGGGAGGCGGCGUCCGCGCGGUGGCCCCGGCAUGGAGAAGCGGGCGUCUGCCGGGCCGGAGGGGACCCCGGGCACCCGGGCGCAGCUCGCCGUCGUCUGCCUGGUGAAUCUCUUUCUCACGGGGAGGCUCAGCAGCGCAGUUCCUGCCUUUGCCUCCUCUCUUGACAGCGGCCUGCAGUGGGAAGCUGGAGCAGCACACAGAACGGCGUGGUGUCAUCUACAGCCCAGCCUGGCCCCUAAACUACCCACCAGGCACCAACUGCAGCUGGUACAUCCAGGGAGACCGCGGGGACAUGAUCACCAUCAGUUUCCGCAACUUUGAUGUGGAAGAGUCCCACCAGUGCUCCCUGGACUGGCUCCUGUUGGGCCCUGCAGCCCCGCCUCGCCAGGAGGCCUUCCGGCUCUGCGGCUCUGCCAUCCCACCUGCCUUCAUAUCUGCCCGUGACCAUGUCUGGAUCUUCUUCCACUCAGAUGCCUCCAGCUCUGGCCAGGCCCAAGGCUUCCGCCUCUCCUACAUCCGAGGGAAACUGGGCCAAGUGUCCUGCCAGGCAGAUGAGUUCCGGUGCGACAACGGCAAGUGUCUGCCGGGCCCAUGGCAGUGCAACACUGUAGAUGAAUGUGGAGAUGGCUCUGAUGAAGGCAACUGCUCGGCACCCGCCUCUGAGUCACCUGGCAGCCUGUGCCCAGGGGGCACCUUCCCCUGCAGUGGGGCACGCUCCACACGCUGUCUGCCAGUGGAGCGGCGCUGUGAUGGCACCCAGGACUGUGGUGAUGGCUCUGACGAAGCUGGCUGCCCUGACCUGGCAUGUGGCCGGCGGCUGGGCAGCUUCUAUGGCUCCUUCGCUUCCCCAGACCUGUUUGGUGCAGCCCGAGGGCCCUCAGACCUUCACUGCACGUGGUUGGUAGACACGCAGGAUCCGCGGCGCGUGCUGCUGCAGCUGGAGCUACGGCUGGGUUACGACGACUACGUGCAGGUGUAUGAGGGCUUGGGCGAGCGUGGGGACCGCCUGCUACAGACACUGUCCUACCGCAGCAACCACCGGCCAGUGAGCCUCGAGGCCGCACAGGGCCGCCUUACCGUGGCCUACCAUGCCCGUGCCCGCAGCGCGGGCCAUGGCUUCAAUGCCACCUACCAGGUGAAGGGCUACUGCCUUCCAUGGGAGCAGCCAUGUGGAAGCAGCAGGGAUGGGGAUAGUAGUGGCUCAGGGGACCAGGGCUGCUUCUCAGAGCCACAGCGCUGUGAUGGUUGGUGGCACUGUGCCAGCGGCCGGGAUGAGCAAGGCUGCCCUGCCUGCCCACCUGACCAGUACCCCUGUGAGGGGGGCAGUGGCCUAUGCUACACACCUGCUGACCGUUGCAACAACCAGAAAAGCUGCCCUGAUGGUGCUGAUGAGAAGAACUGCUUCUCCUGCCAGCCUGGCACCUUCCACUGUGGUACCAACCUGUGCAUUUUUGAGACAUGGCGCUGUGAUGGCCAGGAGGACUGCCAGGAUGGCAGCGAUGAGCACGGCUGCCUGGCCGCUGUGCCCCGCAAGGUCAUCACUGCCGCACUCAUCGGCAGCCUGGUGUGUGGCCUGCUGCUGGUCAUUGCCCUGGGCUGUGCCUUCAAGCUCUACUCCCUGCGCACGCAGGAGUACAGGGCCUUCGAGACUCAGAUGACACGCCUGGAGGCUGAGUUUGUGAGGCGGGAGGCCCCCCCAUCCUACGGCCAGCUCAUCGCACAGGGCCUCAUCCCACCCGUGGAAGACUUCCCUGUCUACAGUGCGUCUCAGGCCUCCGUGCUACAGAACCUUCGCACAGCCAUGCGACGACAGAUGAGGCGACAUGCCUCCCGCAGAGGCCCCUACCGCCGCAGGCUUGGCCGUCUCUGGAACCGGCUGUUUCACCGGCCACGAGCACCUCGAGGCCAGAUCCCACUGCUGACUGCUGCGCGCACCUCACAGACAGUGCUGGGUGAUGGGCUUCUCCACCCUGGACCAGGGGCCACCCCAGACCUCUCAGCCCCCUGCAUGGACACAGGCAGCCCCAGAGCACCUGGGGAUGGGCCAACCAGUGCCCCUGGCCAUGCAUCAGAGGUGGGACCUUCAGUGACCUUGCCCUCAGGCCUACAAGACCCAGAGUACAGAGCUAUGGACAGGGAAAGAAAAGCCUGCAGGGACCCUCUGGUGGACAGCCCGACCACUGUGGACACAGCUCCUGAGUCUUGCUUGGCCCAGGACCCCCUGCCCCAGGCUCCCACAGCCAGCAGCACCCAAGGCCCCCACUCAGCAGAGCCACUGGGGGUCUGCCGGAGCCCCCUGCCACCCUGUUCCUCAAUGUUGGAGGCCAGUGACGAUGAGGCCCUGUUGGUCUGCUGACCUACAGGACAUGCUGGUGACUGCCACAGCCCCGCUUUAACCAGGGAAUACACAGUCAUUUCUACCCUGCCUCUGAGUCUUUUCUUAAGAAAGAGGCCAGUCCAUGGCCCUCAGCCAGCAGUGACAUCAGCAUAGCACACCCCUGGGUGCACAUGGCCAGUGGGGGAGGCAGGGGGCUGACUGUAGUGAUGAACACGUCUUUGGAUCUUGUAUAUACACAAGCAUCCUAUCCCUUGCCCCUCCCCAACUCCGACCUGGGAAGCCAUUUCCAGAAAAGUGGGUGGGGAUAGACAGGGCUCCAUGGAGUGUUUUUUGUGGCUUCUUGCUUCAUUUACCCCAUGGUGGCACCAGCUGCCUUCCCUGUCCCCAUCUGUGCCAGGAGCUAUAGUAAGGAGGGAAAGGGGCUUGGAGAGUGUUGGUUGCUUUAUCCACACUGAAUCCUCCUGCUGUCCUUCCCAGCAGGGGUUGGGCUAGGAGACUUUGCCCCAUCCUCCUGCCUGUGGUGGCAGCAUGGGCCUGGCCAGGCUGGUGCCCUUUCCCUCUGGCUGCAGGGUCUGUCUUCUGGUCACAAUGGCUGGCAAUGAGGGCAUGGGUUAGAGGAUCCCAGGACAUGCUGUUCUGUGCUUUCACAGGAGAUAGAGGCCAGGGCUGCAAAAGUCAGAGGUCAAACCCAUCCUAUCCUGCCUUAGGGUCUCAGUUUCCCCAAUGUAGACCAAGGAGAGGCUUUGGAAGUUUUGGCAUUUACUCUGUGGUCAUUUCAGGGAAGAAUGAUAAUCCUAGCCAGGAAUCCCCGGACUCUCCCAGGGGGCUGAUGCUAGGUUGGCAUGGAGAGAUCUGGGUGAGGGGCAGGGUAGUUUGAGACCCUGUGGAGCCAGCAGGGUUCAAGGGGCAAAGCUGCACAAUACGGAAGACCUCCUGAGCUAUGGCACUUUUUCCAGCUAGUAACACAUGCGCCCCCUACUGGAGUAUGCCACCACCCACGCCAAUCCAGCUCCACCAGGGACUCCCCUGAGCACAAGCAAACAACCAGCCCUGUUUAUUCAUAGGCCUUUUUCAGGAAAAGCUAGCAGGGCAGCGCUAAGACAGGAAGCCAUGUCCACAUUGCCAGGGCUUCCUUAGGACAGGCCUCUAAGAGUCUUAUCUCUUUUUUCCAGGAAAAAAAAAAGUUUUUGCAAAACACCUCAAUAAACAACAUGUAAACAAAAA